AUGUUCACCGCCAAGGCCUUGAUGGCUUUUCUCUUCUCAGUUUCGAUGACCCCGCUUGUGGCAGGCCAUAGCUGGGUGGAACAACUUAUGAAUAUUGCCCCAAACGGCACUUUCGUCGGCGACCCCGGAUACCCGCGAGGCAAUAUUAGAAGAGGCACCCCUGAAUUUAACGAUCCUGCGAUGACAUAUCUUUUACCUCCAAAUACUCGACCAGCCGGAUCUGGGUUACAGCCGGGCGACAAUAUCUGCAAGGAAACACAGCGAAAACUCGAGCAGACCCAGGGCAGCCCCCGACUAAAAGCCAGCCCUGGGGCUGCAAUUGCUUUAAGAUUCCAAGAAAAUGGCCAUGUUACUCUGCCAGACGCUCAGCCAGGAAAGCCCAAGAAUCGAGGCUAUGUAUAUGUGUACGGCACCACCGAUCCUCGACCGGACGACAAGAUUUUAUCCAUUCAUAAGGUUUGGAACUCUGCUGGAACUGGAGGUGAUCGAAGGGGAAUGCUCUUAUCACGCCAGAAUUUCGACGAUGGCCGUUGCUACCAGAUCAAUGACAAGCCUAUUUCGAAACUUCGCCAGGCAAAAUUUCCGCAUGAGGCGAACCAGCUGAUGGGAGCGGAUAUGUGGUGUCAGCAAGAUAUUGCUCUGCCCCAAAACGUUCCUGUUGGGAAGCCUUAUACGCUUUACUGGGUUUGGGACUGGCCCACUGCGCCGAGCGUUGACCCUGGGCUCCCCAAAGGCAAACUCGAAAUUUACACAACUUGCAUGGAUAUCGAUAUCAUCGAAAAGCCCCUGUCCAAUAAACUAGCCAUUGCGCAGGGAGGGGAAGGAUAUGUCAAGGGCCAACCACUUAACAACGCGGCGCUUCCGUCACAACUUGCCCAGUUGAAUAACGCAAUGGUCAUUCCCACCGCUGCCAGCACGGGUUUCAGAACGGCAGCCGUUCAGCUCACAAAGUCUGCACCAAAUAGCUCCGGUGUGAAGCCCACUGCAAGCUCCACCAUGGCCUCAGCGGCAGUCAUAACUAUUAUUCCGCCUUUCAAGAACUCGACUACCCCACUCAACUAUGAACAGAAUUCAAAAGCUCCAGGUGGAACGACCCCGGUUCCUACACAAACGAUGGCACAAUUCCGUUUCCGUAGAGAUGGGGUGGAACUUCGCCGCCGGGCGUGA